AUGGAGAGCUGGCCUCCGCGGCGGCGGGCCCGGCGGGGCCCCCUCCCGGCCCCCGGGCUGCUGGGCUUGAUCCUGCUCCCCUGGACCCUGCCGCUGGCAGGCGCAGAAGAGCGGUCCGUGACCCACACCGGCCUCCCCAUUCUGGUCUGUCUGGCCAACAAGGCCGUCUCCUUCCACUGCAGCAUCACCUACCCCUACACCCCCGAGUUCAAGAACUUCAUAGUCAGAUACUUCCACGUGGACCUCCAGGGCCGGACCAGCUCCGAGGAGAAGAUCAGCUGCCAACCUGGUACGGGCAGUGAGAACCAGACCCACACCACUGUCUGUCCCAUCACCCUCAAGCCGCCUAACGCGUCUGCCACCGGUACCUACUACUGCUCCGUGCUCUGGCCAGACUUCAAGAUGAUGGGCAAGGGCACCUUCAUCCUGGUCAGAGACACAGGGUACCAGGAGCCCCCCCAGGGCCCCCAGAAGCUCCUGCUCUCCUGCUUCGUCGGCAUCCUGGCCGUCCUGAGCAUCCUGGCCACGGCCCUGCUUCUCUGGAAGAAGGGACAGAUGAAGGCUCUGUGGAAGCACGCUGCCAAGAAGUGCCCGGGUCCCACUGCCACCAGCAGCCCAGGGCAGCCUCCAUCAGAAUCUGUCUACACGGACCUACAGCACCGUGAGUCCGAGAUCUACGACUGCAUCGGGAAUGAAGCCGGCAGCCCGCCCUCCUCCCAGGGCCUGCUCUCCCAGUCCAUUCACACCCCUCAAGCGUGCCAUGUCUCCUGGCUUUGGCCCAAGCUGUUCCCUCUGCAGGUCUCGGGGGUCAGGGGGGACCCUGGCAUCAUCUUUCACCUGCAGCUGGCUGACGUCCACUGCCUUGAUGCACUUGAUACACCACAGGGCGAACACUUGGCAGCGGCUGUGAUAGCUCCACCCACCAGGGCCCAGGCCUGGCAGGUGGUUUUCACAUCAAGUAAAAGAAAAAACGCCGGUCCUUUCAGCGGCAACCACGGAGAAGCCACCACCUGUCCCCUAGCGGCAUGGCCACAGUUUCAGCCGCGACAGCUCAGCUGUCUCCACCGCCCUGAGGCCAAGCCCGUGGCUGGCCUGGGCACCCGCCCACUGGGGUUGGCCCUCGGGCUUCCUCCCCGCCCGCUCCUCAGCGCCCCAGCUGGGCCCGCCACCCACCACCUGCCACCCGCCCACGUGGAACCCCCUCUGCCCCGGCUGGCGUCCGCCUUGGCAGGCUCUGUGCCCUGA